AUUGACUUCAAUACUGAAAAUUAUAUUACUGAUAACAUAAUUGAUUACGAAAGUGAUGUAUUAAAUGAUGAUAGUGGAGAUGGUGGUGGCGGUGGUGGUGGUUUUGUAAAUGGAGGCAUUAUUAAUAUUGAUGAUGCCGCCGAAAAAGAAAGGAAAAAAAGGACCCGUUCUAAUCGAUGGGGUGAAUACAUCAGCUAUGAGUCGAGAGCAACUUGAAGGAUUUGCACAUCGCCUCAAAGCAGAAAUGGAUCGAGAACGAGAAGAACGAAAUUUCUUUCAGUUGGAACGAGAUAAAUUAAGAACAUUUUGGGAAAUUACAAGAGACCAAUUAGAGGAAGCUCAAGCUACAAUUCGUAAUAAAAAUAGAGAAGUUGAGAUGGCACAAGAAUUAGCUGACAUAGACAUUAAAAAUGUAACGCAACAAAUGAAACAUUUACAAUAUGAAAAUCAAUCCAAAAUCUGUGAGUUACGUGCCGAAGCCAUGACACAAUUAAAAAUAGCUCAGGAAGAGCACGAUAAAAGAGAACAAGAACUUUUAAAAGAUAUAAGGGAACUCAAGCGCCUACUGAGAGAGAAAGAGGAAAUUACGGAAUUGCAAAUUCAAGAACUAAAAAUGAAGCACAGCGAAAUGAUAAGGGAGCAACAGGAGCGUUAUGAAAAAGAGGCUGAAGAUCUUACGGCAUUACAUGAACAAAAAUUAAAGCAGCAAGCCGAAGAACUUGGAAUUAAAAACCGUAUGGAAAUGUCUGAAGUAGAGGAGCGUAAAAAUACUCAAAUCAGUAAACUAAUCGAGUCACACGAAAGUUCUUUCAACGAAUUAAAAAGCUAUUAUAAUGAUAUAACAGUAAAUAAUUUAGCCCUAAUUACUACCCUUAAAGAACAAAUGGAAGAGCUUCGAAAACAAUCUGAAAGAAAUGAGCGAGUCGCAAAUGAAACUAUUAUCGAAAAUAAACGUUUAACAGAACCACUUGCAGAGGCACAAGCCGAAUUAAUUGAGCUACGUCGCAAACUUCUAAAUUAUGGACGUGACCAAAAACAAUUAGCUCGUUUAAAGAAACGUCAUUCUAGCGCCGAAAAGCACGUUACAAAUUUGAAAUGGGAAAGCGACGUUAUUCUAAUGCGAAACGAAGUUUUAGUGGAAGAACGCGAACACUUGAAAAAUAAAUUUGAAGAAGCAUUAAUGGAACUACAACAAAAAACUGGAUUAAAAAACGUUCUUCUAGAACGCAAAAUCACACUUUUAGAAAAAGAAGCUGAAGCUAGAGAGGCAUUAUUAUCUGAAGCUAUUGCGGCAUCUGGAAUGGAACCAUCUAAAGUUUCUGCUAGAAUCGACGAUUUGUUAAAAGCAAAACAAGAAACCAUAGACGAUUUGAAAUAUGAAUUAGCCCGUGUUUGUAAAGCUCAUGAUGAUUUGUUAGCUACUUACGAAAGGAAAUUGCAACAAUAUGGAAUACCACAAGAAGAACUUGGCUUCCAGCCUCUGCGAACUACAACAAAUAUAAGAGUAGGAUCUGGCCCUGCUGGGUUAGUUACAAAAAAUAGAUAAAAACAUACUUAACAAUUGUUUAAGCCCGAUUAUAA